GCAUUUACUGCGGAACUGCCAUUCUCGUCGUGAUACGACAGCAUGAUCAUAUGGAGGGAGACUUUUGUGAAUUAAUUGAAUUUUCUGGAGUGUUUAAACUCAUUAAUAUAACUGUACUUGAUAUAAACUUUAUUUCACAUAAUGGCAGAGUCAAGUCUUGACGAUUUUUUCGCUAAGAAAGACAAGAGUAAAAAGAAAAGUAAAUCCAAAAUCACGCCUGGUGACAUUUUGUCACAGCAGGAAAAGGAAUUGGGGUCGAAGAAAAAGAAAAAGAAGAAUAAAGAAAAUGAAUCGACACAAUCUUCUGGCUCAGGGGCCGAGGGUGCACCGAAAAAGGUAGAGGAAGAUGAAGAAUGGGUUGAUUUUGAGCAAGAAACAGAGAAAGACUACACAGGAUUAAGGAUUCAAAACCUGCAGAUUAAUAAAGAUAAAUCAGACCAAGAAGAUGAGGGAAAUGAUAAUGAAAAUGAUGAUGAAUGUGAUGAGAAUGGGGAAAGACGAGAAGGUGCUCAGGGUCCCUGGAAUGUAAGCCAGGGACAGCCUUCUCAAAGCCAACAACAGCAACAGCAACCCCAACCACAGCAACCUGUGCCACAGGCUGCAGCUGCUACUCCAAGUGCAGAGGAAAGCAAAUCAGACACAACUCCAGCUAAACCAGGAAAGUAUGUCCCUCCGUCAAUGAGGGCAGGCAUGGGUGGCAGCGCCAGUUCUAGCGAUUCUCCAGGAUCUGCCAGGCCGACACCGCGGAGAAAGAAGACAGCUCCCAAUGUAAACAGCGAGGAGGACUUCCCCACACUGGGAGGGGGACCUACACCAGCGGAGCUAAGCGAAUUAAGUGGAUCAUCCUUCAAUAAAGUACAGUCUGGUGGAAAACAUGUGGAUGAUCCCAGCAAAGCCCAGCAGUCCUUAACCUUAGGAAACAAAUUCUCGGCUCUACAGGACUAGUGUUAUCAUAAAUGCGGAAACCGGUCAUAGAGAGGCUUUGUUUAGAAAAUGGUCAGUCAACAAUGACCAUUUAUCUUUUUUUUCAAGAAGAAGAGACGACAAAAUUUUAGAAAUGAAAAUUAGGGUGGAUAUAAAAGUAGGAUUUGACAACAAGAGUUCAACCUGUCAUGAUUUAAUCUUCACUGCUUUUUUGCUCCAUUGUUUUCUGUGCAUUCAUGAAGUGCCAAGCAAAUUGAGGAUUCAGUGAGUUGGAGGAGAAUUGCACUUUUUGCAUGCAUGUACAUGUAUAUAAAUAUAGGAUGAUGUUUGAAACUGGUAAAAUUUUGUACAUUUAAUCAUGGAUAUAAUUCAUGUUAAAGUUCUCUAUGUGAAACUCUGUUGAUGCUUGGUUUAAACUGAAAAUGUGACGGUAAAAAUGUGUUGGUACAUGUAACUGCCAAGCAUAAAAGAUCAUGGUGAUUUGAGAAUAAUAUGGCUUAUUUUGUUUUCUUCACAAAUACAUAUUACACAAUGUAUAAAUUUACAAAUAACAUUUGUUAUGCUGCAAACCUGUUAAACAAGUUCACAAAAUGACACAGUAGAAUUAUAUGGUAAUUUGCUGUCAUUUUAUCUAAAUGGUAAAUCUCAUUAUUGGUUAUAAUUGUUAUGACAUAUUGUUUUACGAAGUUCAUGUCUUGCAUUAGAUUAGUCAGUGAGUGAUUUACCUCAUUUUUGUAGCACUAAACUCUUGUUAUUUUGGGAUUAUAAAUUAUAAAAUAUGCCAGUGAAUGAUAUAUUUUUAUUGAUAUUCACAGAAAAGCACUGGGUUUUUUUUCCUUCAUUCAGUUAAUUAGAUUGUGGUAGAAAUAUUUGAAUGUGAAAUACAUGUACAUCCUAGUGAACUUUAACAUUGCCUUAUUUAAAAAAAAAGUCAUUAAAUUCCCUCAACAAGGUUGCAACUUCUGGUAAUAUAUGUAUUGUAAUUGUUUACAUUUAAAAGCUCUUUUGUUGACUCAUUUUAUAUGAUAGCAGAUCAUGAGUUUUAUUCUGUAAGGAAGCGAUAGUGCUAUUGGUACUGUAUAUCUUAUGAUUGUGGACAGUUUGGUGCUUUGGUUUCACAAUAUUGCAUUGAAUUUCCGGGGGAAUUUCUAAUAUUCUUUUGUAUCUCCUUAUCUUGAUUCUCAGCACUAAUGCCAUCAAGGGAGAAAACUGUGGUUUUGAUAAGAGUGAUUUCCCUUUAUUAAACUCGAAGAAUAUUAUAAACAUUGAUAAACACUGAUGGAUCAUUUGUGCUUUCUGUAUGAAGUUAGAAUCAAGUAUUGAAGACUUGCAUGUACAUUUAGGUAACCAUGUUUUGCAAGUUCAAGUUGAUAACAUAAUGUAAAAUAUGUUUUCUUGCAUGGAGAAAAUUGAAAUUUGUAUUUCCAGUGACAAUGUGUAGUUGAUGCCUUACUUUUUCUUAAUCAUUUUUGGCAUGGAGAAAACAACACUCUUUAAACAUGUGCAUAUUACAUGUACAAUACAAACCCAUUUGUGAUUCGAACUAGCAGAUGGGGUGUGAAACAUUGUAAUAAACAUUAUGUUUCUAUCAAUAAACUGGUCUGAUUUA